AUGUUAUUUUAUUAUAAUUCUGAAACUGGCACAAAAACUGUUUCUUUUAACUAUUUUAGAAAACAAAAACAAGAGGAAAAAAAGCCUAAGAAUAAUGGCCUUGAAGAUUUAAAGGUAAACUUUUAAUCUUACAUUAAUUAUUAAAAAUGUAAUGUACAGCUAGUAAAUCACAAACACUGGCGGCAACGCAAUUUUCCGUUUCGUAAACCGCCAGGAUCACCAGUUACAAUCGGUGUCCACUAUCAGCCUGCGUCAAAUUCAGUGAAUAUGAAAUGAGAUAUUUACCCAUUCAUCUAAACUUUCGGCUGAUACGUCCCCCUGAUAUGUCCUGUGUAGCGGCGUGCAUUGUACUGUCAUGCACAUAAAUUGAAAUUAUUGGCCCUUAAAUUUGGCUCCCCUGGCCAUAUUUCCUUAGCAAAUUUGGUCCCUUCUCCAAACAUUUGCUCCCCCCAUUUUUUUUUCGUUUGUUGACGAAAUAAUAUUGGUCAACAUAUAUGAGCAUUUAACAAAUAUUUAACAAUUAUUCGCCGAAGGCGAGGUGAUUCUCGGACCGAGAUGAAAUCGAGGUGAAUAUUCCCCGAUUUAGUAUUGUUUUAGUAUUUGUACACCAGUUUUUUGUUUUUUUGGAACUGAAUUUAUUUUAAUUUCGCUUAUUUCUUUGUCAGUAACUUCCACAAAACGGCUAGCCGCCAUUUUGUAAAUUACUAAAUUUCGAUUUUGUUAUAUUCACCUGUAGGCGAAUAUAUAACAGCUUAAUACGUCAAAUUUGACCAAUCAACUUCUAGGAUUUGUUAUGUUCACUUGUGCAAAAACACUAAAAACAUAUAAUCCAUUAAAAUUAGUCUCUUUUAUGAGGCAUAUUUGUCAAAUCCAUACGAAAUCGGCGGCGGCGACACAAUUCAGUUAAGAGUUUCUACACGUCAGACGAACAGGAUUUCAUGAUAUGCGGCAGUACAUAGUGUCCCUACACGGACGUAUCAGUCGAAGGUUUGGAUGGAUGAGUGAAUAUAUGAUUCCAUAUUCAUUGUGGAUGUAACGCAGGCUAAAAGUGGUGACAUUCGUUGUUACUGGUGACCCUGGCGGUUUACGAAAUGGAAAAUUGCGGCGUCGACAAGGAGGUUAUCCACUCCCCAAUAUUUUCAGCAUUACCCCCCCCCCCGCCUCCUCCUUCUGUCCUUUCUCCUCCCUCCGGCUAUCUUUGGGUAUCAUUGCCCUUCCAAAAAGUAUCAUUGUCCCCCUCCUCCACGGGUAUAUCACUUUCCCUCCAGAGAUUAGUUUGCCCCUCGAACGUUUGAAGCCUGGCUCUGCCAUGCACUGGUCACAAAUCUUUGGGCAUUUGAUUCUAGUCAUAUAACAUUUCAUGAUGUGUUUUUAACAAUCGAUUUUGCAAAUAUGUAGCGUGUACCUCUAGCUAAGAAAUGGUACACAAAUCUCUGCUAUUUAUAGGUCAAAGUCUCACUGGCUUGGGAUAGGGUUGAUAAUUCAAGAAAGCAAGACAUGAAUCUAUAACCUAAGCAAAUCUCUUAAUUAUGCUCUAUGACCUUGAAUAAUUUUCUUGUUCUAGUUGCCUGACAACAUUGAAGGUAGUAUUAGCGAGAACAGCAAUUCGAAUGUCAAUUUGGGUUUUCCAAGAAAAGACUCUAGUGCAUCAUCUGAAUACCAUGAGCUACCACCAGAUGUACCAGAAGUAGAACAAAACGAAGCUUAGGGUAUCAUGCACUGUUAUCAAAUCUGUAUACAUAGUCUUGACGUCACGUUUUACCAUCAACAUGAUAACGGUUUGGUACACCUACUGCGACAGUUACUGGACUGCUUGCUGUAAUACGUUUUGAUUGAAGGCUUGCGUGACAAAUUGAAGCUGACGAAUAUGAGAGUAACUGCUAAUGGGAAACAACGCUGACUAUGAAAAACACUGAGUAAAACAGCAUGCUGACGCAUAGCCAAAUAUUUUCCGUGCAAUAUUUAGACAUUUUGGCAAAACUGUUUGAAAAUUUCGGUCAAAACAAAAUACAUUUGGUCAAAAAAGCAAACAAAAAACAAUAUGUGAUAUAAAUUUCAUCCUUCAUUCGCCUAUAAAGCUGUUUUCAACAAUUAUUUAUAUUUGUAAAAACUUGUCUACAAGCUUGCUACAAGCCUGUUGAGAACAUAUCUUGUAGACCAGUUGCUGGAACAGCAUUGUCACAACUUGUUAACAAGUUUGCUACAAGGCCGUUGAGAACAUAUCUUGUUGACAAGUUGUUGGAACAGCAUUAUCACGACAAGUUUGUCUUCUAAAAUUGCCUCAGCCAGCAAUUCAUUGUGCGCCGCCAUCUUGGAUGUUUACUUUCGUACACUACCCAUGCUCUGUUACGACAAUCCAUAAGCAGAUAGCUUUCGAUCGCCGCACAUGGAAAGAUUUUGGCACGCGAGGCAGAAAUUAUCAAACAUGUUAGAUAUUUGCCGUAAGUGGCACGAAUGACAAAAGUCGUUCGUAAAUCGCCCGCACACGAGAGCUAUCUCCUUACGCCAACAGUAUGACAUUUGGCUCAGCACAUAGCUCCAGUGUGCGCCAGCCAGGAGAAAGCUCUCGUGUGCGGUGCACUUUUGUAAGUUUUUCGUCACUCGUGACGCGUAAGACAAAUAUCCAACGUGUUGAAUAUUUUUUGUCACGAAUGAACAUUUCCUCCGCGUGCGCGCUCGAAAAGCAACCUUUCAUUGUAAAAUGUAGAUCGAAUAGGCAUGCGUAAUAAAACAUAAGACAAAAGGAAAAUAAUUAAUGAGGAAUGUGAUACAUGAGUAGCGACAUAUGAAUAUUCCUCAUUAAUUAUUUCCUUCUGUCUUAUGUUUUAUUACGCAUGCCUAUUCGAUCUACAAUGAAAAGUGUGCGCCGUGCUUUAUGGGCUAGAGCAACUGGCCGAUGAAAUGAUGCCCACCGUUGAAAUCCAUAUAUUGUGGGACGGUGCGGCUGGUUGUUUUCAGAUUGCCCAAAUAUUUAUAUAUUUGCAGCAUUGUAUACAUGGAAUAUUCAAUUUGCGGCUGCCUCCGAUGUAUGUCAUUGUAAUUAUUCCCCGCUGCUUCGUGUUUUGUAUGUUUCUCUAAUUUCAUGUUUUAUGGGCUAGAGCAACUUGACUGUUUUCAGAUGCCCACGUUGAGAUUACAACAUUGGGUUUUUUCUACACAGAACUUUUCAUCAAUUUGUGGCAUUUAUAUACAGCCAAUUCAAAAAAGGUUGUCCUUUGCAAACCUUGCAUGAACUUUAAUUUUAAAUCUUAAACCUUAAGAGUGAAUGUCAGUAAAAAUCGAACAUAUGAGACAUUGCGCGGCCACGACUGAAAAAUCGAUUUUGCUCAAAUUUUGCCCAGAUAUACCUUAUUAUAUCGGAAAAUGCACC